AUGCAUCAAACUGCCAAAGAGUUUAUGUCCAGAUACUAUUUGUGGGAUAAAAUCUUCUACAGCUGUGCCGGUUUCGUUCGCCAAUCGGACUUGGACCUUGCCAUGUUGAGCGGCUUAGUUCGCCGUCUAAAAUGCUGCAGAGAAGCCGCCAUUAUUCCAGAUGUUCCAGAAGAUCUGGAUAUUUUUGAUGACCAUCCUGGACUCAACGAUGGGAUACCAUACUGGCCUGAGACUCCUCCACGCGGCUGCGAGCUUCUUGACGCUGCAAUCACAUACGCAAUGUCCUCAACACCGCCCCGCGACUGCUUCGACCACUUCGUGGAGCUCGUUGACGAGCUAGAUAACGCUGGCAUUCAACUCACUAGGGAUUGGAAAAACGAGCUCCCAGAGACAUAUAGAUCAUCUCAGAUUGCAAAUGUAAGCUGGAUUGAAUUCUUUUUGAUCCCAGAUGAGGAAUCACAUCCACUCUCAGCCAGUUUGAAGUUCAGGAGCUUCUUGGAUUUGGCCAUCUUAUUUGACUUCGAGGUAUACGUGGAAGCAAAGAUUAAACGCAAGGAGAUUACUCCAUCUCAGCUACAGUCUUUGCUUCUACGGGCGACGCGGUUCAUGCUAGUGCAGUGGCAGGGAAUAGACCGUACCAGGCAAGAAUACCCCAAACCGGGGAUUUCCAGGAUGCUACUUCGAAAAGGUGCUGACCCUAACUGUCGAGAUGCGGAGUCGAACGCAGCUAUAGCGUCAGAGCACGGUUGGACCGCAUGGACGGGCCUACUCCAGGAUGACUACUACGAAGGGGAUCCUGGUACUGAGGAUUACUUCUUGGAACAGUGGAUUCUUACCGUGAAAGUUUUCCUUAAUUAUGGAGCCGACCCAACUGUGCAGUGGCACAGGCCGCACAUAGACAAGAAGAGCGACGAACAUAGACGAGUACUCGAACUUGCCAGCCCGGAUAUCAUUUUUAUCGAGGCACUGGCUGACAAGCCGAAAUACAAGAAGGACUUAGCCGACAUCAUGGACCUUCUGAGCCGGGCGAAAGCUAACUGGGGUGAUGGCACGGUGCAGAGGGAACAGGUAGAAGGGUACUAA